UUCAUAACAUUCUCUAUUACAUAGUGAUAACUUAAUAAUUCUGCAACAAAUGAGUGAAAGAUUUUUUUAAGUAACAGCUUAAGAGAGCAAUAGUGGAGCGAUGCAGAUGAGCAUAUCUAUUUCCCUGUCAGUUAAGUAUUUUACAUAUCAUGGUAGUACCACUUUCAUGCAUAAGCAUGAAUAAACAAUGUAUAGUUUACAUUCUAUUCAUAAAUGAGUAUUUUCAAAUGUAUACUAUUACUUAUAAGCAGUUAUAAUGAUUUAUUGAUGACUACUACAAAGCUUAACCAAGAUCAUUAAUGAAUUGUUGGAGAUUGACAAAGAUGCUGUAAGGAACUGAGGCAGAAGAACGUUGAUAUUCGAGGAUCUGUAUAACAGAUAGAUAGGAGGGUUGUUCCACGAAUAGAGAGACAUUUGUGUCCCUUUGAUAUUUUAAUUCAUUUGAACAUAGGCCACAUGGAAAAUUCAAUAAAUAUAUAUAUUUUUUAUAUGAAUAAUGACUUGCUAAAGUGCCAAAAUGUAUCAUUUUGAGAUGCCCCUCUGUGCAUCCUCUGUAACUUCUAGGAAGAUUUUUAACCACUUAACACCAGACCUUUUCCAGGGUUUUCACCAUUAUUGUAAAGCCCUAGUUGUGUCAUUUCUGAAGAGUAUUAUGUCAUUAAUGUGAUUAGAUGAAUCACUAAUCACAUAAAAUAAAUAUUCUUAAGAAUCCUGUCCCUCAAUUUAAGGUCAACCUUAUUACGUGAACUGGCCUCCCUUUUUAAUAUGGUGCAACUUUAAAAAUAAAUAGCUGGUUCUACUCUUUUUGGCUAUUUUGUGGUGGAAAACUGAGCACGUCGAGCGUAACACGUCAACCAUGUUACCCAUAGAUAGACGGGCUAGAAAUGUUUUAAUGAUUCCAUUUUGGGAGGAAUGGACAGCUAUUUCAAUACAUCCUCUGUACAGACCAUGAACUACACUGUGGGAAAUGGUUCUGGGUCGGCCUCUUGCGGCUUGAUGGAGAUCUCCGCCCACCCAUUCUUCACCAUAACCUACUCCCUGGUCUUCCUGGUGGGCGUGGUUCUCAACGGCUUCACGGUGCGGGUCUACUUCUGCCGAGCCCAGCGCCACCAAUCCAGCGUGACAGUAUAUAUGCAGAACCUGGCCGCGGCAGACUUCUUCCUCAGCCUGUGUCUGCCUCUCCGCAUUGCCAACUACGCCACCCACAACUCGACCAUCAUGCGCCAUGUGUACUGCAACUUUGGAGCCACGGCCUUCUACCUCAACAUGUAUGCCAGCAUCCUCUUCAUGGACUACAUCGCAGCCAACAGGUACCUGAAGAUCGUCCGUCCUCUGGAGACCCACACCCUGCAAACGGUGCGCGCUGCCCACUACAUCUCCAUGGCAACCUGGGUCACCCUUCUGGCUUCAUCAUCUGCGUACCUGACCGUAUCCCUCCUCACCACUUGGGGUGCAGAUCUCAUCCCCGGUACCAUAGGCUGCGACUCCCUCCACAGCACCCAGCUUCUACUGAUCUACAAGAUAAUCCACAGUUUCUCGGCCGCCAUCUUCCUCUUUGUUCUGUUUUCCCUCGUCUUCUUCUACUGGGGCACCAUCCUCAGGCUGCGACAGGCGCAGCUGAACCAGCAGAAACACCCUUCCUGUGGAUCCGGAAGGAACCUCAGCCGCUCCAAGAGAAACAUGCUAGUUCUGGUCACUGUGUUCUGCGUGUGCUUUGUGCCGUACCACCUGGUGCGCCUGCCCUACGCCUUCAUCCGGCCCUUCUUGCACAGGUGUUACUGGCAUCAGGCCUUCUACUACAUGAAGGAGCUGACAGUGCUGCUGUCAGUCCUCAAUGCCUGCCUGGACCCACUCAUCUACUUCAUCUUCUGUAAGACCUUCAGGGCCCAGCUGGGCAUGCAGAGGCGCCUUAGUAUAACAAUGGCACAGCCAGACAGUACAGCCCCACCGCCAGGAGCUAGGAGAAUUAGCCAGGGGAACCUGACCACCCUGCCAUGCACCCAGACAAGGACGUCGUUCAGCAUGUCGAGACGGGCCAGUGUAAUUUAGAAUAGACAGCACUGCCCUCUGGUACAUUUUCUAUCUACUAGAAAUUAUUUGAACUUUGUAUUGGGGAAAAAAAGAUAAACUGCCUAGAAUGUCAAUACUUGUUUUGGAGGCUAAAAUGUGCUAAUUUGAUGUCUCUACUCAAUACAGAAUAUGACAUGGGUUACCUAUGGGCAUCCUUUGGUAUAGAUAGAACAUACAUUUGCCUAUUUGCCUUGUACUGCUAUUUUGCCCUGUUUGAGAGCCUAGACCUCAGACUUAAAUUUUCCUGAUAAACUCAGACGACAGCUUGACUGACUAUAUGUAACCUGUGGUUUACCUUAGUGAUUUAGACUGAGAAAUAUAUUGUUUGGCCUUGAUUCUGUCCCCAACCUCUCUAUUCAACCUACCUGCACACAUACUCUUAAUAAAUGGCUCUAGCAUUGUUGUUGACAAAAGUACAGUAUUAAUCAUUGUGCGUUCAAUCAAUCAAAGCAUGGCAACACGUACAGCCAGAUAAAACACCAAGGUUAGUGUCUGUGCACUUCGUGCCUUAUGUAUUUGUAUCAAGCUCCAAUAAAUGAUACACAUUAGAAAUGAGUACAUGUCAUAAUUUCCAUGUGUGAUCAAAAGCACAGAUUAGGGAACAGAAAUUACACUUCUCUAUUGAGCACAUCUUAUUUCUGUGCAUCAGUUCCUGUAGCAGAUACAGACCGCCGAAACCCACCACAGAAUUUCAUGUCCUCAAAAUGUAAAACCUUAAAAGCAUAACAUAAUAUAGCUAAAAGCUUUUUGUUUUUGUGUGGUAUGAGGAAGGCUUUUACAAGAGGAAGUCCAACAUACAGAAUGCCAAAACAAUAUUGUAGCAAAUAAACCUACAAAUAAAAUAUGCAACUAAAGUGCAUCCUCUGUUAAAGCGUUAGAUUAUAUCUCAGUUUCUAAUGCUAAAUAGAUGUGUCAAAUAGGACAUUUCAACAAAAAAUAGGAUUGUUUCAAUCUACUGUACAAAUGGUGAGAUAAUGUCAAGCAAACGUAAUCCUUGGGUAUAGUGGGAUAAAAAACAUUGUUUUUAAAUGGUUAGAUUGUUUACAAAUUGGUGAGAUUCAGAAUGGAAAUCUUUUUCUGGCUUCCUUUUACCGGUCCCUGACUGUCUAGGAUGUGUCGUCUGGGUAUAUAUGCUAAAGAAGUUGAACAUGAAACUCAUAGUGUUCACCACUUCCUGUAAUCUCAUUUUAAACAGACAGUGACGUCGGUGACUCAGCUGAAAACCAACAAACAGACACAACGGAGAAGUGACAUUUAGAUCAAAGGUGCAUGUUGUGUUAGACUAUCUACUCCCCAAUUGAUGAUGACGCUUCCCACAAACUCCACCGAUGACACCCUCGCUCAGUGCGUUGUCAAUGACCAGAUGGAGGUUUUCAGCGUGCUCUACAUCCUGGUCUUUCUCACCAGCAUAGCUGCCAACCUGGUGGCUCUGUGGGUGUUCAUACACAGCUACAAUGACAAGAAGAGCAUCAAUGUCUACCUGGUCAAUCUCCUGACCGCUGACCUCCUGCUCACCCUGGCCCUGCCCUUCAAGGUGGCCAAAGACCUGGGUGUGUCACCCUGGGGCUUCAUGGUCUUCCACUGCCAGGUGAGCGCCGUGGUAGUCUACAUCAGCAUGUAUGUGUCCAUCUUCUUCCUCACCUUCAUCAGCAUUGACUGCUACAUGCAGAUCAGCCAGAGCUCCAGACUGUUCCGUAUACAAGAAGUGGGCUUCGCCCGGCUGAUGUCAGUGACGGUGUGGCUACUUGUGCUCCUCAUCAUGGUGCCCAACAUGGCCCUGCCCAUCCAGGAUGUCCCAGAGAGGAAGUUCCUGAGCUGCUCCAAGCUGAAGCAGGAGGUGGGACUCCACUGGCACGGCCUCGCAGUCUUCCUCUGUACCAUCCUGUUCCUCAACGCGUCCACGGCUGUCCUCGUCUCCAACGGUCUGGUGCUAAAGAGGUUGCUGGCGAGCAGGAAUGACCCUGAACAGUGGCGCCAUGCUCGCCGUGCAACCGUCAAUGUUACGGUGGUGACGGCAGCAUACGUGGUGUGCUUCGUGCCAUACCAUGUGGUACGGACGCCCUAUACGCUGGCCCAGACCGAGGUCAUCACUCCAGACUGCCAGACCAAGAGGCACCUCUUCUUGGCCAAGGAGUCCACAUUACUGCUGGUGGUGCUGCAUCUCUGCCUGGACCCCGUGCUCUACUACUACUUCUCCAAGGCAUUCAGACAGAGGGUCAGGGAGGUGUUCAGGAGUAGGAGGAGCAGACGGGAUUCAAACACCAUCCCAAGCCAGUGAAGACUUGAAGCUACAGCCAAUAACUGCCAAGGAGUAGGAGAGAGAGAGGGGGUGACAGAGAUAAAGAAACAGAGAAUGACCGCCGUAUGAAAAACAUUUUACCAACCACUUUACAAUAGAGUAGCCUGUAGGCCUAGACAAAAAUGAUUCUUCGCUGUGAGGUGUUUUAUGCAGUCCCAUGAUGUUGUGAUGUUAUGAUUGCAUUGUUUUACAUUUCAUUGUUGCAUGAUCACACUGAAUUAAAGAUGAUUAACAGAU